AUGCAGAUGUCCAUUCCGCGCAUUGGCCUGUUCGUCCAACUGUCCGACCCCCAGUUUCUCACCAGGUUAAAGUGUGAUAUACCUCCUGCGCUAGAAGUCGUAGAGAUCCGACUCUUCAUUCGGGCUGGGUUUCGUCGGACCAUGUAUGUUCGACAGAUCGUGCCGGCUGUAUCCAGGAUGAACCCCAUGAUGAAGAGGGUUCUGCCAUCGUCUGAGAAUCGCAGGCUGUUCAAAGUCGAACCGCACGCGUUAAAGGCAGGUCUGAUCCGGAAAUUGGGACUCUGCACGUCAGUGCUUCGCAUUACUUGA